UGGCGAUGCUGCGUUACUUUUUUUCAGUCGCUUUACACAACACUUUAGCAACACAAAUUUUAACACUAAAAUACUGUUGCGAGCGGUUCUUUUAAUUAAAUUGCAAGUAGGAAGCAAGAAUGCGCAGCGAACUAACCCCACAGACGUGUCGAGUGUGCCUGGAACCCAGUGCGCGGCUACAGCGUCUGGACGAGUCUCGUGAGGAGGGCGAGGAGACCCCAAACGAGAUGUUGAUCCAACUUUUGGGCGUCUCGUACAGCAAGCUGAACGACAAGGAAAACAUUCCGGAUGGCAUCUGCAAGUCCUGCAAAGUGGAACUCAACAUGGCCUAUCAGUUCCGCGAGAAGGCGCUCCGCAAGCAGGGCGAGAUCGAGGACUACUGCCGGGAACUGGGCCUCCUGGACGAUUCCGAUGAUAUGCUGAUAAAGGAGGAGGACGGCUCGCAGUCGCAAUGCGACGAGGAGAUGUACAUACUGGAGGAGAGCACUGCCGGAGAGGGAGACCAUCAGGACGAUAAGGUGCAGGAGGAGUACCUGGAGGUGGAGACCAGUGAGCAGCAAGAGUGCUUGGGCGACACCAUCGAGUACCUGGAGGAGAACUACACCAUCGACAUGAGCGCCGACCAGGCCGAAAUCGUUCUGGAAGCCGAGAAGCAGUACGAGGAGACGCCCUCGCAACAGCUGGCGCUCCAAGAGGCGGCCAAGGCCAGUCUAAAGGUGCGUCGCGGGCGCGUUCGCCGCGGCCUCAACUCGCUGACCACAUCCGACGGCACCGAGAAGGGCGGCUACAUCUGCGACGUGUGCGGCAACUUCUACGAGAAGCGCGGACGGAUGAUGGAACACCGACGGCGCCAUGACGCCGUCUGCCAGUACGCAUGCGAACUGUGCGAUGCCAAGUUUCAGGUGCGCGAGCAGCUGCGGAAGCACAUGUACUCGCACACGGGUAGCAAACCAUUUAAAUGCAGCUACUGCAGCAGACAAUUCUUCUACGAGAGUGUCCUGAAGUCUCAUGAGAAUGUUCACCGCGGCGUUAAGCCAUACGUGUGCAAGGUUUGCGACAAAGCUUUUGCCUACGCCCACUCGCUGACCAAGCACGAGCUCAUCCACACGGACAUCAAGCUGUACCGAUGCGAUUAUUGUCACAAGGAUUUCCGACUGUUGCACCACAUGCGUCAGCACGAGGAGACCAAACUUCACCAGAAUGCGGUUAUGCUGGCCGAGAGCAUGAAGGUGGAAAUGGUGGCCGAGGAAGAGGACGCGCACGAGAUUAGACUCCAUGCUCACUGACGCCUUACACUCCAAUAGAUCUUGGUUUCAUUUUCAUUUAAACGUACUGUAUAAUACCCAAUUAUAAUCCCAGGCAACUUGUAGUCCUAUUUUUAUCUCUAGCUUAGCAGAUUAUUUGUAAGAACAAACUCUUAAAUAAAGGUUAUUUUUGUUAGACAGUAAA